AUGUGUUGUGUAUUCACAUUGAGGCUCCCUUUUCCAAUUCUAGCCCCCCUCCAUCACAAAAACCACAACUCCCCGUCCCCCAUCACCAAUUCCGCCUAUCUUCUUAGCCGUCCAGCUGUUCGAUUCCUCCCAAUUGCCCUUGCCACGAUGUUUUGCAACUGGGCGGCCGUUGCGGCAACAUCGAUCCGAGGCCGAGACAGAUCUCCAUCCAGUGGCCCUGAGAUAAAGCCGCCCGUACCGUUUACUGGACCGAAAAUAUUCCCCCGCUACUCUCCCCCUCAAACCUCAGGUUCAAGUUUCACUGCUCCACCCCAGGAACGCUCCUUCUAUACCUUCUUUGGAAGGAUCAAGAAGGCUACCGAGGUCACACCCGAGCACCUUAACGCUCUCGGGGUUUUGGUGGAAUACGAUGUUCCGGUUGAGAAGCUUCUACCCAGCGGUGGAGCCAGCUUUAUCCCGGUCGAUGAUGACAAGAUAUUUUCCGAGAGAAGGAGGGAAUUGCUUAUCCCAAACGAUGACGCAGUGGAGGCUCUUGCAAGACGGAGGAAGGAUGUCAAGCUAGGUCACAUGUAUAGGUUUUAUCAAGGGGUCGACAUGGUUAAAACAUACUAUCCCACUGAACCCCCUUCCGAUCCCCUAACACCGAUGUCAUCAGGCGACGAGGCCGGCAAGAACGGUAAGAGGAAAGCGGAAGAAGUGGUGGAAGGCGGGGUAGAAAAGAAGGGCAAACCGGAGGGGCCAUCUGCUACCGCUCCCACUCCUCUAAGCGAUCUCCCGGAAAUAAACGAGGAAGAGGAUGGUCGGAAAUUUUCCAUGCCCGAGAAAUUCCGGGAAGAGCUUGUGAAAAACUUUAUUGAGCCCAUCUGCUGGGGGUACGGAGUGCGGAUCUAUCAAAGCCCACCCCGAGCACCCCCGAGAGUCGCACUCCAGAGGUCCCGAUUUCUCGUGCACAUGACCAACUACAUUUAUCUUACCCCCGCCCUCCCUGCCGAGGCUCGCUCCGGCCUUGUGGAAGGCCCCGUCAUGGGCGUGCAGGUUCGGCACGAAUUCGAAUUUUUGAAGAAACAGUCGGACGAUAGCAUGGAUGUUGACGGCGAGGAAGAAGUCGGGGACGUAGUCGGCAUUACCCGCGAGGUGGCUGCCGCCCUCAGUAUUGCACAGGAUAGGAGGAAAGGACCGAGAGAAGGCAGACCAGAGGGCAAGACAGAAAAGAAGAUCCGGUUUAGAGCUGUCGGGAAGGAUGAUAAAUGGAGGGAUGAUAUAUUCCUCCUUACCUCCCUCCACCACCACAUCUCCAUAACCCACAUCUCCGUAACCCAGCCGUAUCUGCGCUUCCUUGAAACUGGCCAGAUGCCCAACCUAAACCACGAGUACUUCCAAACGGAGGAGGGAAACGAUUGGGAUAAGCUCAAGGUUCAAAAAACAAGGUUCUGGGAUUUGUUGGAUCCGGAGGAGCGGACUGAAGCUGGAAGGAGCUUUUCAGGAGUUUUGGCAUGGUUGUCGAGGAAUGAGCCCAAGAGGUAGGUUUUUAAUUGCUUGUCAGCUAGGUUAGUGAGCCCAUACCCGCGCUUAUUAUUUCAUGCAUGUUUGGUUGGUGCGUUGAUUUGGCUAGGAGACAGGAGGAUGUAUGCACUAUACCGAUUUUGGAUGGGCUUGAAGAUAUGGGAAUUUGGGCGAUGAUCUUUGUAGUAUGAUGUCUUGCUUGAUUGAUUUAUGUCAAAAUGGGGAAACGGAGAAAAAUUAGUGGGGAGCAUUUGAACGCGGCAUAUUUUAUUAAGCUGGAACUGAAAUCAUUCGAUCAUAGGAUUUCAUGAGAAAUCACUCGUUUUCUGAUUUCUGAAUUUCAUCCGGA